AUGAACAAAUUUUGUACGAUAUUGAUAGAUAGAGACAGCACAAUGAAGAUAGGUAACUUUACAUUGACUGCUUAUACUUUAUAUAUGGGUAUUUCAUUGCUUGGAAGAUCACCUUUGGAAUUCUAUACAAAGAAGGUCAUCGAAGAAGGCAAUAGAAUAUCACAGCCACUUCCAGAUGAAAGAAAGAAAUAUUUUAGAGAGAGAUCGAAGGAAUUGGGAUACAAUAGAGUCAACUUUGAUCAAUGGGAUCUUAUGAUGACCGACGGUGACUUUAUGUGCUUUGGUGAUGAGGAGGCUGCAAUCUCGCUGAUCCCAUUCGACUGGCCACUCACAAGAGAUCGCUCCAAACAAUCUAUCAUCGAAACAUUCGCACCCGUAAAGAAAACCUAUAGAAACGAUACAUCGAUCGUAGAUAAAAUUACAUUUAAUGAUAUAGAUAAUGAUCCUGAGUUGAGAACACAAUUGAUUGAAUCAUAUGGAAUCGUACCGAUAACAAAGGAGGAGGAAGAUGCCAACAUUGAGAUUAGAUUUGAUCGUGUCGAAUUGCAAGGUGUUCCUGGCUACUUUUGUACCGUUGCUGGUUGUCUCAAAGGUGUUGAUACCUCAUAA